CCCAAUCCAAUGAAUACUUCCCAUGCUCUUCUCGAACUCAAACGUUUUUUUCUUGUCCUCAACCAGACUUCAAACUAAUUCAAAUAACGCCAACAGUUUGCAUGCACGAUCAAUCCGAAUUACAUAAACAACAACACCAACAAUAUUAAUAAUCACACAGAAAAAAGGAAGAAACAAUUCGUUUCCAUUUUCCUUCGUUUUCUGGUUAAGCGCAACAUUUGCAACCAAAGAUUGGAGAUUUUUUGAAAGUUUCCCUAGUUAUUGUAUUACAUUAUUAUUUGAUUCACUGUAGCAUUGGAAUAGAUUUCGUUGAUGGCUGAGGAGAGUGGCAAUUUAUUGGUAACUCAAGAAGGAACCAAAUCUGAUGGAGGUACUUCAGGGAGAACAUCUAUGGGAAAAUUAAGUUCUUCUAAAAGUGGAGAGAAAGUUCUUCCUCGUUAUCUCAGAGUCUCUACUGGUUCUUGUCAUGACUUGUGUAAAUAUGGCAGGAAGCAUGCAUUUGAAGCCAAGGAAAGAUGUCCUAUGGCAAAAAGAAUUGCAAAACCAUCAAUUGACAACCAAAGUCAAAUGAAAAUAUUGAUCUUGCCAGAGACGGAAAAGACAUUGGUGGUGAGGCCCAAAUCAUCUCCUGAUCCAAAAUCCUUUUCAUCUGACAUCCCUGAGAUCAUCAAUCAUGAAGUAUCUACAAGAUCACCAAAUGGACGUAAUGUGCUUAAUAUAUCAGUGGAUGGUCACAAUCCACUUAAGGGGGAAGUUCUGUUUGGGAUAAAAAAGACAUCAGCAGCCAAGCUCAGACCAUCACCCACUUUUGAAACCCAUCUAUCUGAAUCCCCAAAAUUCAAUAGGCAGGAACUGUCAGCUUUGACAAAGAUGGAGUUGUCUUCAAAAUCAGUUAAAUCUAAAUCUAAAGAAAAAAAUGCGUCAUUAAAGCAUGCCUGUUCUUUGAAACCAAAAUCUUUGGAUCAGAAUCCAUUAUCUUCUCUUGAUUCAGGAGGUUUAAGUGGCAGAAGAAACUGUGACAUCAUGACUGGCCCGUACAAAGCAGCCAUAAAAAAAGUGAUAGCUUCCCCAAGACUUUCAUUGUCAUCUCCGAUGGCAUCAGUGUCUCCUAAACCUUCUAUCAGUAGAGUUUCAAAGAAAGUAAUGGCUUCCCCAGUAGUUUCUCAGGCAUCUCCAAGGGCAUCAUUGUCUGCUAAACCUUCUAUCUGUAGAGUUGCAAAGCAAGUAUAUGCUUCCCCAAGAGUUUCACUGGCAUCGCCAUCUCCUAGACCUUCUCUAAGUAGAGUUGCAAGCCUAAAUGAAAGAAAGCGUACAGGCUUCAAAGUUGUGUCUCCUAUGAAGAAUCAGGGCCGAACUAAAACAGGUGAACCUAAGGGGCCCAAGAUUGAGCUUAAGCACACUAAUAAUGAUUUGGUCCAGGAAAAAACCCUGCAUAUUAUCAAGAUGGAAACUGAGAACAAAUCUUUGGAAUCUGAUAAAAAUGAAAGCUAUGUUGUUGAACCAGCUGUGCCUCCAUCAUGCUUGUUAGCUGAAUUCCGUCCAGUUUUUCCAUCAUCACCGGUACACAAUGAAGAAGAGCAAGAGAUAUCUGAGUAUACAGAAUCUGAACAGAAGAUGCGUCUCUUUCUGAAUCUGAUGAAACCAUUAGCACAGAAGAUGUGGGGGAUGAACACCCAGGGAGGCCCAGAUGGGACGGGAUGGUUUAUUCUGAGGACAAAGGUUCCCAGGCAAUGGAAUUACAUUGUGGUAGGGGAAAGGUCGUUGACAUUCAAUCUCAGAACAAAAAUCCAGGAAGGCUCAACUUCAGGAGAGGAAGAGUGCUUGGAGAAAUUGAAACACUCAAGGGUGAUGGCAGAAGAAGCUUUAAGAAGAAAGGAAUUGAUGUUGUGGUGA